CACCUCACAACGCGAAUGGGCCGCCGGAGGACCCAGCGAGCAUGCGCAACCGUACCGAGCAUGCUCAGUAGCGCGCGCGGCGCCCCGGAGCUUCUCCACCGAGUCGCGGUCGACGCGGAGGUCUCCGCGGCUUCUGCGGGAGCGAGAGGAAGUGAAGCGGCCCGGCCCGGCGACCGCGGCGGUAGAAACAGAAGCGGAAGCGGCUCUUUGGCGACGGCGUCGUCUUCGGGGGUGGCCGAGGGGGCUAAGCGCUGCGGGGAAUCACUCGCUCGGAAGCCGAAUCCCGAGCCGGGCAGGAUGGACCAUCACCAGCCGGGGACUGGCCGCUACCAGGUGCUUCACAAUGAAGAGGAUAAUUCAGAAUCACCUGCUGUAGAGCAACCGUCAACUUCAAACCCAACACCACAGGUCGUACAGGCUGCUCCUUCAGCAUCAAUACUCGAAACUGACUCUUCUCCUCCACCUUACAGUAGUAUUACUGUGGAAGUACCUACAACUUCAGACACAGAAGUUUACAGUGAGUUUUAUCCUGUGCCACCUCCCUACAGUGUUGCUACCUCUCUUCCUACAUAUGAUGAAGCUGAGAAGGCCAAAGCUGCUGCAAUGGCAGCUGCAGCAGCAGAAACAUCUCAAAGAAUUCAGGAGGAAGAAUGUCCACCAAGAGAUGACUUCAGUGAUGCAGACCAGCUCAGAGUAGGUAAUGAUGGGAUUUUCAUGCUGGCGUUUUUCAUGGCAUUUAUUUUCAACUGGCUUGGAUUUUGUUUAUCCUUCUGUAUCACCAAUACCAUAGCUGGAAGGUAUGGUGCUAUCUGUGGAUUUGGCCUUUCAUUGAUCAAAUGGAUCCUUAUUGUCAGGUUUUCUGAUUAUUUUACUGGAUAUUUCAAUGGACAGUAUUGGCUUUGGUGGAUAUUUCUUGUACUUGGCCUGCUUCUUUUCUUCAGAGGAUUCGUUAAUUAUCUAAAAGUCAGAAACAUGUCUGAAAGUAUGGCAGCUGCUCAUAGAGCAAGAUAUUUCUUCUUAUUAUAGAGACUGCAUCCACCAGACAUUCCUUUCUUAUACCAAUGUGAAAUUUCCAGAUCAUCUGUAAACCUACAACUUUAAUAGGAUAGAAGACUACUAAAAACAGAAGACAAAUCAGUGAAGAAAAGACAGAGCUUCACAAUUGAAUGGCAGGGUGGUUUAUGCUUAAAAACCAUUUCUGUUCAUUCUCUUAAAUAUUUAUAUUUCAUUUGUUUUGCACAUUUGCAUAUGUGCCCAUUUAAAAGAUUUGCAUAUACUUGAAAGAAAUCAUAAAGUUGUAGCAGUCAAGUCCAAUCACAUUUGGUUAAUCAGUGUUUGAAAUAAUUGAAAGAGUUGAGUGAUAAACAGUCUUCCAGCAUGAAAUGCCAUUGACUUCUGGCCUGACAUUUAGUAUAAUAAAAAUAACCAUGUCAAAUGCUUUAGUUUCUGGCUCUUAGAUUCAUCUAGUAACUCCACACAUGAAACAUCCUUUGUUAUAUAUAAAGUGUUUUGAAACCCGCAGUGCUGAUUGUUAGAAAGGCUUUGUCAGAUUUUUGAACAUGGUAUUUAUAUCAUUGUUUAGCAAAACUCUUUCUGUAAAUAACCAUGCAUAAAUUACCUUCUGCAUUGUUUUCUUGAAAUUGUGUCUAGAUAUUUUUUCAUUAAUUUUAAAUUAAGUGAACUUAAUAUAUAGAGAAAAUUUGGGUGUUAAAGAUAGAUUGUUUUAGCUCAAAUUUUAAGAAAAUGUGGGUGUUCAACAUGUCCUUUAUAAGAAAAAAAAUUUUUUUAAGAGACUUGCCAGUCUUAGGGGUUCUGAAAUGAGAAGCUUGGUUUUUAGCAUUGCCCAUCUUAGAGAUUCUUGCAGGAAGAGAUUGUAUUAGAUAUUAUAUUUAUUUCAUUUAAGACAUUUUUGAAAAUUUUCUGGUAAGAUAUUCUAAUUUGCAUUUACCUUUUAAAAAGCCAAUAACAGUAUCUUUCAACGUCAUUGUAAUAAUUUUUUCUUUAGAUGUUUAGUUUCUGAAACUUAGCAAAUAAAAACUUGUACUAUUAA